AGCGGCCAUAUUGCAGUGAUAACCGCGCGGCGGGCGGACGAGAAUCGAGGCCGGUGCGUGGGCCGCCCCCCGCCCGCGCCAGGUGCCGCUCCGGACCGCGCCGCUCUCGUGAGCCUUCCCGUGGAUUUGCCGGCCCGAAAUUCAGUGGUUCUGUCGUAUUUUUGUGAAUCAGUGAGGUUUCUGGCGCGGUUUCGGUGCGGCACCGGCGCCCGAGCUCAGUGUAGUGUGUGGGGCCCAUCAGCCCGAGUGCACUUGUGUAUGCACUUGUGUAUAUCGUGAUGUGUGUAGGAGACAUGUGACGUGGAACGUCUGCUUUGUGGGGACGAUGAGGGAACAGGAAGGCGACGGCCCCGAGAGCCGUUAGCCGGACUCGAUGGACGAGUAUGGCGGGCCGGCGGCGCCGCCCCGGCCGCCCAAGCCGGCGGCGCGCGUGCACCGUGCGGGCGCCGCCAGCUCCGCGCGCCAACCUGUGUCGCUGUUGCGGCCGCGGCCCCAAGCGGAGCGCGAGCGGAAUGCCUACGUCGAGGCCCCGCGUCGCGCGCCGCCGACCCCGCGAGCUCACGCUGCGGCCGCGCAGCCGCUCAAGCCGGUGACGGCGCAGCCGGCCGCCGCCGCGGAUAAGCGUCGCGCUGCCGCGCUCGCCGCCGAUUCCAUAGUAUGCGAGAACUGUGGCCGCUGCCGCUGCGAGCAGUGUGCGCGGCCGCGGCCUCUGCCUCAACGAUGGCUGUGCGGCUCGUGUUUAUGCAGCGCAGAGGCGUGUGUGGACUACGCGUCGUGUAUGUGCUGCGCCAAAGCGCUGUUCUACCACUGCGGGAGCGGCGAGGGUGAAGCGGAGCCGUGCGCGGGCGGCGCUCGGCUGGCGUGCGUGGCGGCACUUUCGGUGCCGCUGCCGUGCCUGUGGCUUUACUGGCCUCUCCGCGCGCUUGCGGCGGCGGGCGCGGCGGCCUACGCGCGCUGUCGCCGCUCCGGCUGCCGCUGCCCCGAGCGGCCGCCGCUCUCCAGUAUUAUCUAGUCCCGCCCCCCGAGCGAGCCCCCGCAGCGGCGCCCGCGUUGUACAAAUAUUUAUUGGCGAGCGAAGGGCCGGGCCGCGCGGGGCCGGACUCAAGUGUUGUGUGGUGUGCAGUGAGCAGUGAGCGAUGAGCGGUGAGCAGUGCGCCAGUGAGAGGGCGGUGCGGGCAGCGGACAGAGCCCCGGCCGCCGAGUGAUCGUCUCGAAUACUUGUAAAUAUAGUCGUAUAGUGUGAAUGUACGUGAACGUGUCGCCCGAACGCCGAGUCUCAAAUUUUCUUGAGACCGAAACGUGUCAUAAGAAAACGCUAACAUUUAGUAUUUUGGAUUCCACACGAAUCCAGAGAAGAUUAAGAAAUGAGAUAUAAAACAUACUUAUUAAGAUGUAGAUAAUUUACCAUUUAUUUAUUAACUGAAUUUGUAUUUAUUUGUAAAUAAAACGACAACAUUAUAUUAUAAAUACGAAU